CCGCCCUCUUGCCGCGCUCCGGCUCCUCCUAGCUCCACGGUUGGGCCCGGGCCUGCGCUCCGCUUCUCGGUCCGAACCGCGCCUCCCCGCCCAAGCCUAAACCCCUCCUCCAUCUCCCAUUCGGAGCCACGCCACAAGACCCGAACCCGCCUCCGGGGGCGGAGCUGCACCAGGUGCGGACCCGGGGCGUGGCGGGCGUCCGGGAGCGCCAGGUGCGGCUUCCGUGUCAAGAUGGCUGCCGCCUGCCGCAUCGGCCCCCGGCUCACGCCCGGCCGCCGCCUUCCUGCCGGGACGCCGCUGCUUCCCGUCGCCCUCUGCCUCCUUUGCUGGGCACCGGCAGCUGUGGGCGCCGUUCCCGAGCUCGGGCUCUGGGCAGCGACAGUCAGCGACAAAUCAGGACCUUUGAUAUUUAGAAAAACUAUGUUUAAUGCUACAGAAAUCAGGUUUUCUGUUAAGUCAUUCAGUUGUUCUGGGCCUGUGAAGUUUACCAUUGAGUGGCAUUUGAAGUAUUAUACCUGUCAAAAUGAAUAUUCUAAGCUGGAGGAGGAGCUAUCACAAAAACAUGACCCCAGUGUCGAUGAAGACUUUUGUGGUCAUUAUUUCAAGAACACUGAAUGUUGGACAACAAAAUAUGAAAACAUAAAUUGCAACAGUGACUUACAGGUGUUUCCCUCUUUGAAUCUUUUCCCCAUAGAAACGCAGCAACAUAAAAUGGAAUCAUUCUAUUUGUUUUUCCAGAAUAAGGAACUAAUUACAAAUAUCAGAAAUGUUUCAAACCAGGAAGGAUCAACAGAUGUAAUAGCCAGAACACAGAGAGAUGGGUUUCAUAUAUUUAUUGUUUCUAUGAAAACGGACAAAACAGAUGCAAGAUGGAAUUUGAAUGUGUCUCUUUCCAUGAUUGGGCCUCAUGGAUAUAUUUCUGCAUCAGAUUGGCCUCUAAUGAUUUUUUACAUGGUGAUGUGUAUCGUUUAUAUUUUAUAUGGCGUACUGUGGCUGAUGUGGUCUGCCUGUUAUUGGAAAGAUAUAUUAAGAAUUCAGUUCUGGAUUGCAGCUGUAAUUUUCCUGGGAAUGCUUGAAAAAGCAGUUUUUUAUACUGAAUAUCAGAACAUCAGCAGCACUGGGCUAUCAACCCAGGGUUUAUUGAUAUUUGCGGAGUUGAUAUCUGCGGUUAAGAGGACAUUGGCUCGCCUUCUUGUGAUCAUUGUGAGCUUGGGCUACGGCAUCGUGAAGCCUCGUUUAGGAACAGUCAUGCACCGGGUGGUUGGACUGGGGAUUCUUUACUUCAUCUUCGCAGCUAUUGAAGGCGUGAUGAGAGUUAUUGGGGGUUCUAACCAUUUAGCUGUCAUUUUGGGUGACAUUAUUUUGGCAGUUAUUGACUCCAUUUUUGUAUGGUUCAUAUUUAUAAGUUUGGCACAAACUAUGAAGACUCUAAGGCUAAGAAAGAACACGGUGAAAUUUUCUUUAUACAGGCACUUUACAAAUACUCUGAUCUUUGCUGUACUGGCAUCUGUAGUGUUUAUGGUGUGGACGACUAAGACAUUUAGAAUUGCAAAAUGUCAAUCAGAUUGGAUGGAACGUUGGGUUGAUGAUGCAUUCUGGAGCUUCCUUUUCUCGCUUGUCCUUAUUGUGAUAAUGUUUUUGUGGAGACCGUCAGCAAACAACCAGAGAUAUGCCUUCAUGCCAUUAAUAGAUGAUUCUGAUGAUGAAAUUGAAGAAUUCAUGGUAACAUCUGAAAAUUUAACUGAAGGAAUAAAAUUAAGAGUCUCAAAAACGGUUUCCAACGGAACAGCUAAACCUGCUACUUCUGAAAACUUUGAUGAAGAUUUGAAGUGGGUGGAAGAAAAUAUUCCCUCUUCAUUCACAGAUGUAGCUCUUCCAGUGUUAGUGGACUCAGAUGAGGAAAUCAUGACCAGAUCUGAAAUGGCAGAAAAAAUGUUCUCUUCAGAAAAGAUAAUGUGAUUGGAACCCAUAUAAAUGAAACUCCGUUAAUGGUGAAAGACUUCCUCGAGUCUGAAAGAGAGCUUUGUUUUGAUCUAGUGCAACAAGUUUUUAUUGCAUUAUCUUGGAAAUCUGUGUAUUAAAAUUAAGAAUUCAGGUGGUAGGAGGGUUCUGUAGCCCUUUUAAGCUACUCUUAAAUGUCAGCUUAAUGUCCAUCAAAUUGCCUGGAUUUGGAAGUAAUCUAAGAGAAGUAUUAUGAUAAAGAAAUAUGCCCGAAUGCUCUUAGUUGGGAGGAGGCAGGGAUGUGGAUUUGGGCUCUCUUUUCUCUGAAAAAUAUGACAAUUCCAGAUUUAAAAAUAUUUUUUAUGUAAACACUUCUACCAUUCUUCCACUCACUAACCUUUGGGGUAGAUGAUGUAAUUCCUCUGACGUGUGGUAAAGAGGCAACUCCAUCUCUUAGGUUUAUAGUUACUAGAUGCAAUAAUAAUAUUCUUUGACUUUUAUACUGAAGUAAUUUGAUAUUAAGUAAAACAACCUUAGAACAUAA